AUCGUGUGCUCCAUGCUUAGCAGGCUCAGAUUCUCUAUAGGAAGUGGGGCAUGGAGGGUGAGGAAGAAGAAGAGGAGGAGGAAGCAGAGGAAGAGGAGGAAGAGGAAGAAGAGGAGGAAGAGGAGGAAGAGGAAGAAGAGGAGGAAGAGGAAGAAGAGGAAGAAGAUGAGGAAGAGGAGGAAGGGGAUGGAGAGGAGGAGGAUGGAGAGGAAGACGAGGAGGAAUAGGAGGAAGAGCAAGAGGAGGAGAUAAGGAGAAUGAAAACAAAGGGGGAGA